UUCAAUUGUUGAAAGUAGUACUAUAAGAAAAAUAAAGAGACGUUUAAAAAGUAGAACAAGUAAAUAAGAAAACAUAUGUCGCCCGCUAGCAUGUACUGGAAUAUCAUCACUAUGCUGUCAUUUGUAGUUCUGUUCAUCAACUUUUAUUCCUCCUAUGCUUAUGAUCCAAAUGAUAAAAAGCUAGCCUCAGUUUUACCGCCCGAAGGUAUGUUUGAAGCCUUUUACCCGCGCGAAAUGGAUGGUGUGCCAAAUAGUGCUUCACGGCCCGCUCAUGCGCAUGGCAGUUUUUUUAAGCAUCGCAAUCCAGCGUUAGUGGAUACAAAGAAUGCAGCCGCGUAUGGUUAUCGAUUUGAUGGCAAAAGGCGUUUUAAUUUUGAUUAGAAAAUUGUGGAUAAAAAGAUAGAUCAUUUUUGACAUCAGUGAUGAUUAUUUAGAUUAUAGAUUUGGCGGUACAUCUUAUGCAAAAAUUUAGUCAUCUUUCCGAAUAGUUAACAUUAAGUUUCAAAUAUUCUACAAUUAAGCGAAAUCAUUAUGUGGGGAUUUCACAAGAAUGUGUUGAAAAGAAAUAAAUACAGUUGAUAAUAAAAACGAGCAGCAAUUCGGAGCUGCGCAUUGGCAAUAUAAAACUUUGCCGUAUCUCAAGCCAACUUUAUAAUUAUAAUUCCAAGCCAUUUCGAUACCUUUUGAUAUAAAAGAUAAGGCAAAAAGUGUUAAAAUAAAAUAAUUAGGUGCUCUGCCAUGGAGUGAUUUGAACAUCCAUUGCAAAGCUAGCUUCAUCCUUACCAAAAAGUUUGUGAAGAGGAGGUAAUAAAACGCAGAUUUGUUUUGUGUUGUUUAAAAGUCGCUUACCCCUCUCUCUUGAUAUCAGGGGCCGGAUUGA